AUGGUAGACUACUACGAGGUGCUGGGCGUGCCCCGCGAGGCCUCGUCGGAAGCCAUCAAGAAGGCGUACCGCAAACUGGCGCUCAAGUGGCACCCGGACAAAAACCCCGAGAACAAGGAGGAGGCGGAGAGGCGAUUCAAACAAGUGGCCCAGGCCUACGAGGUGUUGUCCGACGCCAAGAAAAGAGACGUGUACGACCGCUAUGGCGAGGCGGGAGUGGAGGGCGGCGGCCGCGCCGGCGGCGGCAGGCCAUUCGAGGACCCCUUCGAGUGCGUCUUCACCUUCCGGGACCCGGCCGACGUCUUCAGAGAGUUCUUCGGUGGCCGGGACCCGUUUUCGUUCGACUUCUUUGGAGACCCGCUGGAGAACUUUUUGGGGGGUCGGAGGAGAUCCCGAGGAAGCCGAUGCCGGGGGUCCUCGUCGCUCUUCUCUGCCUUCAGUGAAUUUCCAGCAUUUGGAGGUGGUUUUUCUCCUUUUGAUACCGGGUUUACCUCAUUUGGUUCCAUUGGGAAUGGGGGCCUCUCUUCCAUCUCCAUGUCCUGUGGUAGUGGGGGGAUGGGCAACUUUAAAUCUAUGUCGACUUCCACCGAAAUCAUGAACGGCAAAAUGAUCACCACCAAGAGAAUCGUGGAGAAUGGCCAAGAAAGGAUAGAAGUGGAAGAAGAUGGGGAGCUGAAGUCCCUGAUAAUAAAUGGCAAAGAGCAGUUGUUAAGCACUGACACCAAGUGA